GCAGGCAGUGUGCGAUCUGUCAAAAUUCGCAGAAAAACCUUCGACGCGUCAAAAUCAAAAGUUUUUGCUGAAGUGCGGGUGUAGUGAAAAUUGUAGUUUUUCGUGCGACGUAUUCAACCAAAUUCUCGGCCCCUCCGAAUCCGGUGGAGUGUACCUCACACAUUUCGCCAACAGCCUAUGAUGAAUCCAUAUGGUUUUCCCUAGCGCUCGAACAAGAUCGAAGAAAGAUUGAUGUGUUAUUCUUAGUGCCUACCAGAGCUCGGGACUGGCCUCUCCUCUUGGUUGGUUUGUUUUGCUACUUUCUGCAUCUGGGAUACGUUCUUUCCGUAAGCGCACAUAUAAUCCUCUGUGAAAUUCCAUUAAGUUUUAAUUAUUCCUGACCGGAACGAGGCUUGCACUACUACAGAAAGCUUCCGGCGUCCUAUCUCGAUAACGAAUCCUAGGAAUUCGAAACUAGAACACAAUUAUGGCUAAUAAGAUGGUCGGGAAGGGUAAAUUACCCGUAGAAUCUGAAGAUGCCCAAAAACUACGCUUCCAAGUCGAACUCGAAUUUGUACAGUGUUUGGCGAAUCCCAACUACCUGCAUUUCCUUGCCCAACGGGGUUUCUUCAAAGAUAACGCCUUCAUAAACUACCUGAAGUAUCUGCUCUACUGGAAGGAUCCAGAGUACGCCAAAUACCUAAAGUACCCGAUGUGUCUGUACUUUCUGGACCUGCUGCAGUACGAACAUUUUCGGCGAGAGAUUGUGAACGCCCAGUGCUGCAAGUUCAUUGACGAUCAGACGAUUUUGCUGUGGCAGCACUACACCCGAAGGCGCACGCGACUUUCCUCGCUGGGUACGACCAGCCUAACUGGGCUUGCCGUCGGUGGACAACCGGUUGGUGGGGGUGUUCCAGGCACGCUCCUAUCGAAUGAUCCUGUUCCGUUGACGGCUAACAAUAACAACAACAACAACACCAAUAGCACGAAUGCCAACAAUAUUCAGCUGCAGUCUGUGCAGCAACAGCAGCAAAACGGGGGGACGAUGGUUCAACAGAAUGGGCUUCCAAACAACACCGGAAUGCCCGGAGUGGUCUUGGGAGCCGCUGGAGGCGGUGGUGGUGUCAAUCUCAGUGGGCAAAAAGUGUCCUAAGAUAAACAUUCAAAGCUGCCCAAGCUUUGGGAAUACUUCGCGUUUCGGAACGUUUAUGUUUGCUUGUGUAAAAAGACUGUUUUUUAAUUCUUAUAAUAAAAUAUGAUAGCGAUUGAAGAAA